AGUCAAGAACUGGAACUGAAAAAAGAAAAACACUGACAAAACUGGAAGGGCCUGUAGCAAGUGUUUGACAACAAAGAAUCGUACUGGCCUUCCUUCUGGCAUCUAUUUUUGAACCUUUGGUUUUUGAAGAAAAUUGAAGACUGAUUGUUGAAAAUCACAUGGCAAAUUUAUUUCUAUACUUAAUUCUAGCUAUUCUAUCUGAACCUCACGCCUAAAUUUGGGGAACCUUUUCCUUUUUUUUUUUUUGACCUCUCCUUAGAUUGUUUCCUCAGAUAUUGUUGGGAAAAAUUGGGAAUCUCCUUAUUUUUAGAAUUUUCACACUCUCUUCUUUAUCUAUUAUGAUUUUCAAUUUCCAUUUACUCUUUUCUUCUUUCAAUUUCCCGAAGCUUCAAAUCGUCGCAUGAUUCUGACAUAGCAAAAGAUGCCUUGUGCCCUUCCACAAACCCAUCUAGAUAAUCAGAAAGUGUCAGAGGUAGGACAGACUAACCGGUCGAAGAAUUUUUUGCAGCUUAACGGUUCAAGAAGAUCAUCAGAGGUGUGCCAUUGCGACAUUCCCUACACUUGAAUCUGAUGGGCAGUGGAGAAUCUUUGCACUACCCUUGCAAUGCUUUGAUCACACUAACCAUUUAAGAUCUGGAAAUCAGGUGAAUAUGAAUGACCUGCAUCUGAUCUCCUCUUCAUCUGUCAAUUCAUUUAUGGUUGAUAGAUGGAAGACACAGAAAGGGCCUCAACCUGCAGUUACUUAUCCUGCCAAGCCAUUUAGAGGCAGAAGCUUUUCUGGAUCCAAUGUCCAACAUCAAUUUUGCAACAAGACCUUUUCUGGUAAAAUAAAUAAAUUUAGUGAAGUGUCAAGCAAUUCUUCCUAUCAUUUUUCCAUCACUUGCAAUGGUUCCUCUGCUGUUACGUCAAAAGGAUUUAUUGCUAUGUUCAUUGAUUGUUCCAAGGAAAACAAGUCCAAAAGGAGAAAUUCACAAAAGAGGACAAAAAAAAAAGGGAAAACAUAAAAAGAAACAGUUCUGUGAUGUUGGCUCUACGGAGUCAGAAGUUUAUUCGCAGUAUACCCGUGCAACUUCAGCAUCUGAAAUCUGUGAUAAUAAUGACAUAGAUUGUUGUAUAGUAGUAUCAGGUGCAACUUCACCAGAAGUUUCACCCUCUGAUGGCUUGCUUAAUGUGAUUGAUUUUGCAGAAAGCAGCAAUGGUGCUGUUACAAGUUCUGGUUCACCAAAUAUAAGCACAUCUGAUGUUGACGAAGUGGAUAUAACUGGAUCUGUUGUACCUACUCAAGUUCAGAAGUUUCCUAGGGAGCAUCAUUUAAAUAAUUGUGAAAUUGGUAGUGAAGACCAGCAACUUUCCAGGUGUCAAGGAGCUAUAGAGAGGAAACAUCUUUCACAUAUGGGCCCUCUAGAAGGUUUACAUGAGAAGGAUUUCUCUGAUAUGCAUAAUUCUCUAGCCUUGGACUCAGUUUCUGUUGGUUCAAACAGUGAAGACAGUACAAGUGCUGGUCAUAUUGUGAAGCCAUUUAAUGACAACAUCCAUGAAAUCAGUCAAUCAGAGCUACCCGGUUCCAGUACCAAGGAGGACUCCUAUCAUCAAAAAUCAUUAUGUAGUACUGUAGAAACCCAUGAGUAUAUGGGGGAAAGCAAGCAUGGUCUGGCUUGUAGCAGCCUUGGUGGACGAAUGGUGGCAUCAGGCAAGAGGGGUAAGAAAUUUAAAUGUAUUCCUGGGACUCCUAGUACUUGCAAACCUGGAACUAUGGGAAGCUUGCAUGGUCGAAUGAUAACAGAGAACAGUCAUUCUGUUUGGCAAAGGGUUCAGAAGAAUCCUGUAGAGAAAUGCUGCUCUGAAUUGAAGAAAACGGGUCCAAUAUGCUCAGAGUUUAAUGUUUCUUUAAAGGAUGCUCCUGUGCUGAAAGGAAAUCCUAAUGCUACCAAUGUAACAAACUUAUCUAUUACUGAUGGCAAGAGGAAGCUAAAAAGCAUGGUUCCUAGGAAGUUCAAAAGAAAAGUUACUCCAGCAUCAAAACAAGAAAACAACAGUUUUUCCAGGAAGGAAUGUCAUCCCAUCAAGGUAAAUUUAAAUGCUCAUGUGAAGACUAGCAUGCCAAAAAGUGCUAUUAGAUGUUUCAAAUCCUAUGUAUGACCAUGUAUUAACUAAAAAUCUUUCAAGGUCUUUUUCUCAGGUUGAUUGUCCAAGGCUUGGGACCAUGAAAACUGAAUCAGUUAACAACUUUCAAGCUGGUCCAAGCAGCAC